AUGUUGUGGGAGUGCAGCUCGUGGUGUUGUGCAUGGCUGUCGUACCUUCCGUGCGUAACCCAGCAAAGCGAGCAAUGCUGUUUGGUUGAGCGCCGUGACGAGGCUGAGUACGAGGCUGGUCAGGCAAGGGGGGGCUGGCUGCCCGCACACAGACAUAUUGACAAUGCAGGUGAGAGGCAUGAUUCCCUACGUCCACGCUUUCGAACCGGGGCGUCGGCUGAAGGGCUGGGCUGGGCUAUGGUGAGGGAAAUAUGCUUGUCUGUCAUGCAUGACAUGAGAGGCGGCGAUAUUGAGGAGGCGGACAGGUAA